CGAGAGCCAAGUUCUUUCAAAGCUCCUCGAAUGAAAGCUGAAAGGAUGUUUGAAAUAAAGAUGACUGUUUUCUGCAUGAGUUUGUCAGUUUUACUGGGGUUUUUCUCAAUUCAAACAAAGGCAGAAAGAGAAGUGAACGUAGCGACAUGGGGCACACCUAUUCAGUCAACAACAGCUUACGGCUGGAUUGCCACAAACGCUCUGGAUGGGUCGAGCUCCACCUGCACUCAUACACAGACACAGACUGACCCGUGGUGGAUGCUGGACCUGAUGAAGACCUACAGCGUGAACAGAGUGACCAUCACUAACAGACUGAGCUGCUGUGCAGAGAGGAUAAACGGGGCGGAGAUACGGAUCGGAAACAAUUCUUUAGAUCUUUUCAGCAACCCAAUAUGUGCCACAGUUUCUUCAAUUCCAGGAGGAGCUACCUCCAGCUACUCGUGUGCUGGGUUGACGGGACGCUAUGUUAUUGUGGAUAUUCGUGGACUUUCAAUGAUUCUUACUCUCUGUGAAGUGGGAGUCUACGUGACUUUUACAGGUAACUUGGCAACAGAUAAAACGGUCACGCAGUCAUCAACAGAUACCGUCUGGUACGCUGAACAAGCCAUUGACUUUAAUCCUGGUUUCGCACUUGCGUGGCCAGCAUGUUCCUCAACCUAUAGUCAGACUAACCCAUGGUGGAGGCUUGAUCUGGGCUCUGUGUACAGAGUUAAUAGAGUCGUCGUCACAAACAGACUAGACUGCUGUCCAGAACGAAUAAACGGAGCUGAGAUUCACAUCGGAAACUCUUUGGAGAACGAUGGCAACAACAACCCCAUAUGUGCUGUGAUUUCUAGCAUUCCAGCUGGCGCUUCCUCCACCUUCACAUGUAACGAUAUGCAGGGUCGAUACGUCAAUCUGUUCAUUCCUGGAGAUUCAAAGAUCCUUACUCUGUGUGAGGUGGAGGUCUAUGGAGAAGGUCCUGUUCUGAAGAAAACGUUUGUGAAGUUAAAUCUGAAGUCCAGUUCUAGUCUGUCUGAACCUGCAAUGAUAGCCCAGCUCCUGUCCCAGCUUCGGUCUGCUCUGGAGGAACGAGGGUUUUCUGACAUGACGCUGCAGUGGACUCAACCUCCCAAAAAGGAAGUGAUGCGAAAGGAAUCUUCACCAGCUCAAUGUGCUGCAAGAAAGAGAUGAUGACGAUGGGGAAACCUAAACUUCAGAUCAGCUUUGACGUUCUUCAUUUUACCUGCUGGGAUAUUCUCCAGUCUUCAAUGUUGGUCACGAUGAAAUUGUGAAAAUUGAAACUACGGAUUCAUAAAACUGAAAAUGCUAACUGAUUUCCGCAAAGCUGCUUUGAAAUAAUUUGUAUUGUAUAAAAUGCAAGCACUUAAGUUUGUCAAUACACUUCUUUAUUGUUAUAUAAAUAUUGUGCUUUGACUUUUGAUCCAUAUUGGUAGUCUUUUUAUAGGACUGUUUGGUUAUGAGAAUGUCCAAAAAUAGUUCGGCAUGGAUUC